GAAAUAUUUUUGAGGAAGAGAAGGUGAGGUGUAAGACUUUUUUUGUCCUUAUAAGCAUCACAUCACCCACUCAAUAUUUCUAACUAUAAAUCUUGAGUCAUCCCUUUCUCAAAUUUCCCAACAAUCCCAAACAAGAGUUUCUUGAUCAAGAAAAUUGCAGAGAAAGAAAGAUGGGUAGAGCUCCUUGUUGUGAUAAGGCAAAUGUAAAGAAAGGACCAUGGUCACCAGAAGAAGAUGCUAAGCUCAAGGCUUAUAUUGAGGAAUAUGGUACUGGAGGCAAUUGGAUUGCACUUCCUCAAAAAAUUGGGCUUAAGAGAUGUGGAAAAAGUUGCAGACUUAGAUGGUUAAAUUACUUAAGGCCUAAUAUCAAACAUGGUGGAUUCUCUGAAGAAGAAGACAACAUCAUCUGCAGCCUUUAUAUAAGCAUUGGCAGCAGAUGGUCUAUAAUUGCAGCUCAGUUACCAGGAAGAACAGAUAAUGAUAUUAAGAACUACUGGAACACAAGAUUGAAGAAAAAACUAUUGGGAAGACGCAAACAAGCUCAAAUGAAUCGCCUUUCUUCCACAAGUACCAAUCAAGAUUCAAGCAAGGUAGAGGACAAUACUAGUUCAUCGUCCUCGAUGGUUUUAACCAACUCAGCUCUUGAAAGGCUACAACUGCAUAUGCAACUCCAAAACCUACAAAACCCAUUUUCUCUUCACAACAAUCCUACGCUUUGGCCUAAAUUGCAUCCUUUACAAGAAAAAGUUCUUCUCCAAUCUAUGGCAGAAAGCUCUAAUUCUCUUCUUCAACAAGUUUUAUCGACUUCUCAUCAACAACUUCAUCAUCAGGAUUACUCGAAAUUGGAAAACCAUAAUAUUGAUACUUUGGGAAAUUCUUCAAAUACUAUAACAUCCUCAAAUAGCACAGUUCCUUUCCAUAAUGUGAUGGAUUCAAAUAUUGGAAUGAGCUCGAAUCUUGCAGGGCAAUCUAAUGCAGAAUUAAUCCAGCCUGUUUCGAGCUUUCAAGCUGAGCUUGAGGAUUUUCUGAGUAACAAAACAUCUGGGUUUGAACGACAAGAAGAUCAGAUUGUUGAAUUUGAUUGUUUUAAGGAAAUGAAUAAUAAUGGUGGUUCCAAGGAUGGCAUGAUAUGGUGGUCUAAUGAAUUUGAGACAAGAUCUCUGUCCUCAAAUUCUUGGGAUUCUACUAAUAAUAUUCUUCAGGCUGAAGGAAUGUUUCAAGAUUAUGAAUUAGGGUAUAAUAUGUAAUAUUUGAAAAUAAAAGGAAUUAGAGAGUUGCUUAAGGUUAUUGUAAUGAUGGAUCAUAAGAUGAGGAAGAGAAAAUUGAACAGUCUUAUGAUCAAUAGUAAUUAAGUUUCUGUAAACUGUGUGAAUAAUAAUGUUAAUGUCC